CACUAUUGUCGAAUGUCGACUGUCGAAAUGCAAGCACCACACUUCUAAGUUUAAUGAAUAAUUUUAAACCUAAACUCACUUUGAUGCUGCAACCUGCAUCAAUUUGAAAGUGCUAAUAAAAUGUGUGUUUAGGAAAUACAUAGUAUCUUCAAAUGAAGAUCUUCCGUGGUAUCUAAAAACAGAAAUCAUCACAAUGGAGCCAUCCUGCUCGUACUCUGAAUGUGAUAUAUUUAAAGGGAGCAAAAAUUCAUUUGAAAACAAUGUGGAAGAUAAGACUGAAGCCAAUAAUGUAAAGCCUGCAGUAAUACCAACUGAAAACAAUGAAGACCAACAAAUUGAAGACCUUGAAAGAGAUGACUUCGAGGAGGAAAACAGAAUUCUUAAACACUGCUCUAAUAUGGUAGUAGAUGAAGACGAGGCUUCAACGGCACAAUAUUCUCUGCCUGUAAGUAGCGUCGACCCUGAUUUAUUAAAAAUAGCAAGUGCAGAAACAAUUGCUAGGUUACAACAUUUCAUGUCUGAUGAUUUUGGCCUCCCUGGCUGUGGCCGAGAAGCAAACAAAGUUAUAGGGAGCAAAUUAAAAGAAAUGAUACAUGAUAAAGCAGGAUUGUUUGUACAGGGAACAUCUAUGUCGAAAGAAGAUUUUAUGCAAAAACUAAUUAAUAGUGGAAAGCCAGAAAAGAAAGAUUUUCCAAAGGGAAAAUUGUAUAAGGCUGAAUUGGAAGAAAAUGCAAAUGAUAGUAACAUGGAAAUUGAUGCGGUUAGUGGGCCAUCAGGUAGAUCUAAUUCUAAUGCUUCAAGUAUUGCAAGCACUAGCUCAGAUAGUAAGGAUUUCACAGUGCCUUCUACUUCAAAUGCCGAAAAGCUUUUGGGGCUUUGUGAUGCUACCAAAAAUGGAGAAAGAAGUUCCCAGGUCUCGAGUUACGCAUAUUGCGAUCCUGAUGAUGAUUCUGAGGAGGAUGAUGUAGAAGAGACUUGGUGUACCUGUCUUUCAUCACCUGAGGAUGGAGAAGAUGAUGACGAACCAGAACCUGAGGAAAGAUUUUGGAGAAAAAGGCGCUACGAGCCACCGCCGCCCCAGUCUGCAAAACGAUUUCGUCCUGAUGGUACAAUGGUUCCAUACACCGGCGAAUGGAGUAAUUCUAGCCUUGGACUUCAGUCAUUGCAGCAUAAUAUAAAUCAAGCUUCGCCUGAAUUGAAUCAAUGGCUAAACAGAUUCCAGUCUUGGACUAACGUUGAGAAGAUUCAAGCUAUCGACGCUCUCAUAGGCCGCUGCACUGCAGGCCAUGUGCGCCACAUGAUGAAGGCUAUAGAACCUCUUUUCCAACGGGACUUCAUAUCGCUUCUACCCAAAGAGUUGGCACUUACAGUGCUCGGAUACCUGUCGCCCAAGGAUCUCUUACGGGCUGCACAAACAUGUCGCUAUUGGAGAUUCCUGGCUGAUGACAAUCUACUGUGGAAGGAACAAUGCCGUCGCAUAGGUCUGACAACACUAAAAAAGCGUCUUCGCUCUAUGCCCCGUUGCGCCAGUCCAUGGAAAGCUGCCUACAUGCGUCAAUCCCUUAUUCAAGACAAUUGGCUGUACAAUAACGUAGAUAACCCCAUAGUGAUGCGUGGCCAUGAUGAUCACGUGAUAACUUGCCUACAGUUCUAUGGAAAUCGCAUACUCAGUGGUAGCGAUGAUACUACACUCAAAGUAUGGUCCGCUAUUACAGGGAAGUGUCUGCGCACAUUGGUCGGCCAUUCCGGUGGUGUGUGGUCAUCGCAGAUGAUCGGUGAUCUUGUGAUAAGCGGUUCCACUGAUCGCACUCUGCGUGUAUGGAAUGCGAAGACAGGCCGUUGCCUCAAAGUGUUAGCGGGACAUACUUCAACUGUGCGGUGCAUGCACUUGCAUCAAAAUAGAGUGGUGUCAGGGUCGCGUGAUGCAACUCUACGCGUAUGGUCGAUUAGCAAAGGCUGUUGUCUUCGCGUACUCGUUGGUCACUUAGCGGCGGUGCGUUGUGUCCAAUAUGACGGUAAAGUGGUUGUGUCGGGCGCAUAUGACUACUUCGUGAAAGUAUGGAAUCCAGAGACAGGGGAAUGCUUGCACACAUUGGCGGGACACACCAACAGGGUUUAUAGUUUGCAGUUUGACGGUGUGCACGUAGUAAGUGGUUCUUUGGAUACGUCGAUCCGCGUAUGGGACGUUGAGUCUGGUCAGCUGAAGCAUACACUAACCGGCCAUCAGUCCCUAACUUCAGGCAUGGAACUUCACUCAAAUAUUCUCGUUUCGGGCAAUGCUGACUCGACUGUUAAAGUGUGGGACAUCACCACUGGACAUUGUCUUCACACUUUAUCAGGACCAAACAAACACCAAUCGGCGGUCACCUGCCUUCAAUCCAGCAACCGUUUCGUGAUAACAUCGUCCGACGACGGCACCGUGAAGUUAUGGGACGUGCGUACCGGUGAGUUUAUAAGGAACCUAGUCGAACUCGGCUCUGGCGGUUCUGGCGGAGUUGUAUGGCGUAUUCGGGCUUCAGCGACUAAACUCAUUUGUGCGGUCGGGUCCCGAAAUGGCACCGAAGAAACCAAACUGUUGGUCCUCGACUUUGACGUUCCUGGGGCUUGUAGGAAGUGUGAUGAAUAGCAUAGACUAAAUCGGCGCCUUAUGCGCCGACAUGCCAAUCUCUAUGCGCCUUGGCACUGUUAGACUGGCGUGGUAAAGGGAGGCAUCAAGUCUGUAAUAUGUGUUGACAGUUGACAAUUGACCAAACAUUCGUGUGUCAUAAGAAUACUCAAUUUAUGAUAAUGUUACCGUACGCGGUAUGGUUUUCACACGUUGCCUCCGACCACACCUAUAAAAAAGUAAUGAUAAAAUAUUCGAUCAUGAAUUAUUUGAUUUGAUUUAUUUUGAUGUAUGUAAACUUUUAAAUGUGUUUGUUUAAUUAAUUAAAUUUUAGAAAUGUCAAAAUAUUGUUUGACAUUGAUUUUCCCGUCUGUGUAGGUGGUUAGAAUUAUUUCAUAAUAUUAUUGUAUUUAUAUUUCAUAUAUUUUUUUUUGAUGUGUUUAUUGAAUCAAUUAAUUAAACUUUAGAAAUUGCAAUCUGCUUAUAUUUUGACAUUGAUUUUAAUUUAAUUUCCCUUGUGUGUUGUUCUGUGAAUUAUAUUUCAUAUUAUUAUUAUUUGUAUUUAAUAUUUUUAAAUUUUAAGUGACGAUGUUCUGUUAGAAGAAUUAAUCUAUUUGCACCACGCCCUUUUUAUUUAGGCUAUAGAGAUGACCUUUUAAUUUAAUUUAACGUUUAUACAUUUAAUUAUUAUAUAUUCUAAAAAAAGGAUCCGAAUCGAAACGAUUUCGUAGGCGAUUAGGUGCAAUUUUCACAGCCAAAAUAAUAAGUUCAAAAAUACUGUCAUACUUUUUUUUUCAUUAUGACUGUUACUGUAUAGGAGGCAAAUAAUCUCGAUUCAAGUCAAAUUGAAUUGUGUACCAUUUUCAUGUAGUGCCUACUUAGCCAUACAGUUUGGUAUAAGGAACCAGUUGUUUGUGGUAAUUUUACGAUAUCUAUCUACCUUUAUUCAUUCAAUACCAAUAUUAUACCAUUUAUGUACACUGUAGUUGUUAGAUUUGAUCUUGAAUAGGUAAAUAAUGAUGGCUGCCAUUAUGCAUCGCCAAAUUAUUGCACUAAACGGUAUGCUUCAUUAUCCCAAAGAGUAAGGUGAAAUCGGAUUGCAGUAGGGUUUCUAAUUUAGCCUCGGUUCUGUAAUAAACAUUAUUUAACACUGGCAUGAGUUUACUGACAUUUUGAAGAUGUUCUUGUUAUAGGAUUAAGUUUCAGUUAACUGUAGAAACCCUACAUGUUAGUUAUAGUGUAGAUAGUGGGCGGACUUCGGAGUGUGCCAUUGCUUGUUUUUAAAAUUACCUAUUUUAGAGUUUAUCGUAUUUUGCCCAUUUGUAUGUGUUUCUCGAUUUUUCUUUUAUUUGGACAAUGGUAUCAAAAUAAGUAUGAGAGAUGUUAUGGAGUGGUUAUUCCUAAGUGGUACAUACAAUAUAAAUGGGCUAAUCAUCAUCACAAAAUACUUUUAGUAUACAGUUUUAGAAAACUAUUUUGUUUCGGUUAUGUUAGUACAUUGCAACGAAGUUUUCGCUACAACUUUUAAAUGUAUUGUUUGUCGAUGUGAAACACUCCUGGGCGUAGCCAGCACUUAGUUCUAUUCCCUAGUUUAGUCGAAUUUGUUAUUAUUAUUUUUAAUUUGAUUUUUAAUUGCAAUUCUAUGUUCCCAUUAAUUAUUGUUAAUUUUGUAUACAAAUAAUUGUCGUGAUGUUUUAUUUAUUAUAACUUCUGCCACCAGUGCAUAAUAACUUUGAAAUUAAAAAAAAUCACAUUAUUCUUAGGUAAUUAUUCUUCACAAUUCUCGAAGGGAUCUCUCAACAUAAUAGUUAUAUUUAUUGUAGUUAGGGAAUAAUUUCAAUUGCAUAAUUAUGAUUCAAAUGUAACAUUAAAUAUUGAAUGACGAAACAUAGUAAUAGAGUAUAACUGUAGUUCUUAAUAUUAUCCUAAUAAUGUAUCAGUUUUGUGAUGUUAAUUUUGUAGAUUUUUCAAUGGCCAGACAUUUGUCUCUUGUAAUAUAGACUAAGGUUUUAUUCAUGUAUAAUCCUGAAAAAAUUCAGAUUUCGAAUUAAGCCUAAUAAAAGGCCCAAAAUAUUUGGUGUUUAGCCUCCCGUAAAACAGUUACAAAUAUUAAUAUAUGUGCUUAAUAUCGUAUGCACAUACUAUAAGAUACUUUCUACUAUUCUAUGUAUGUAAAUAUUAUCAGCGAUAUGUGAGACGUAACGCGUUUGUGUAUUUGACUGGAAGUCUACGACGCGGCCAGUUAGCGUUACUCGUUCAAUGGCUGAAUAUUUAAACGAAGACUGAGGUAUAGGUAUAGUGUAAUUAUAGUAUUUAGUAUAGCGAACGGUUAAAGUGUCUAAAGCAAUAAGCGACGGACGUUGUAACCGUAGGCUCAUGCACUCCACGCUACCCACCAUCCUGUCUUUGUUUAUUUCAAUCAAUCCUUUGUCUUGUUGUAUGCGUUUCGCGUUUGUUUUUGUAAUUUAGUAUAAGACACGCUGACCAACUGAGCAACGACCUAUUUUUGUAAAUAUAAAAGCGCGCAACAAUGUAUGAUUUCCAACAUUUAUUAUAAGUUCGUUUUGGUGUUAUUUAAUAUGGAUUGUAUUUUACUGAAUUAUGUUGAAGAAUUAUUAUUUCUUUUUUAAAUUUAUAAAAAUCUGAUGUCCGUUUGAGUUUAUCCAAAAUUUAGCUUUUUAUGUAAUUAAUAAAUAAUUAAAAUUGAUGUAUCA